AUGUUUUGUCAUUGCAGACAUUCGAGAGCCACCGCAGCCAUCCAGAACUUUAUCAGACCACCCGUACUCUGGACGUUGGUCGUGGUCACACUUUCGGUCAGUGGUGCGCUCGUGGGAUUUAGUAUCUCGAAAACCAUGUCCCUCAAUGAACAGGUAUCGACCGCCAACCCCAACGACGCCGACAAAUGCCCCGACCCGAAUGCCAGCGCUCAUUGCACGAGCAACCCCAAGUUCGUCGGUCUUCUCAGCAGCUUCUUCUUGCAGAUUCUGAGUAGCUACUGCCACUUGGUCCCUAUCUUGGACGACCACAUGCGAAGAAAGGAGAUUGAUGUCCACCACUACAUAUUCUACUUUUCCAUUGCCACGAGCAUGUUGACGGCUAUGCUCGCGCCAAUCUUGUUUUGCAACAAGGGCAAGGGGCUCGAGCUCAGUAUUGUCAUGAACUUUCUGGCAAACAUCUUUGAUGUUGUCACGGCUACCCAGCUGGCUGGAGGCAUCAUGAAGCUCAACCGAUAG